CGGGGAGAAGGAGAUCUGGUGGCUUGUUCUCCGCCAGCGCAAGGGCAAACAAUAAUAAGAAGAGAACGACAGCGGGACAAUAAUAAUUUAUCCCAACCAGACAACAAUAUGAACGCCGCACAACCCCUUUUUGCCAGCGCUCAACCUCCCUCUCUGCUUAUUAUUGGAUUGAUCUGCUAGGUAAUAACACUCCUCAUGAGCUGCAGGCUACUUGAAGUCCCCUUACACGCAUAAUUGGUCUCUCCCGCGUCCCUCUGUACACCGCUGCUUGCCCAUUGCGAUGGACAACGGCCUUGUCCUCAGUCGAAGAAAGUACGGCAGCGUCGAGAUCUUGCAAGACAGCGAACGCCAGACAGAGUUACGCAGACCCAAAAACGGCUCAGUGAACGGCCUUCGAAUCAAUUUUAGAACCCCAAUGGCUACUACCAACGGCAUUGCAGACGACACUAGUCCUGCCUUCUCUCCUUCCUCCGCCGCCCCAGCAGCAGCAGCCACCGAGUCUCUCCCCAACGGCGUCGGAAAACCGAAGAAAGCAAUGCAGCGGAAGACAUCGUCGCCGAUGGCCCCGGCCUUUAUGGUGUCUGCACCGGGGAAAGUCAUCGUAUUUGGAGAACAUGCUGUGGUGUAUGGCAAGCCAGCCAUGGCGGCGGCGAUUUCCCUGCGGUCCUACCUGCACGUCACGACGCUGUCCAAAUCACAACGCACCAUCACCUUGAAUUUCCAUGACAUCGGUCUGGAUCAUACGUGGAACAUCGAUGACCUUCCGUGGGACAUCUUUAAACAACCUUCCAAGAAGAAGUUCUACUACGACCUCGUAACGGAGCUUGACCCUGACCUCGUCGAAGCGAUCCAGCCGCACGUGGAGGCCGUGUCCAGGAAAGACACACCAGAAGAAAAACGGAAGAUUCACCUACGAUCCGCCUCUGCCUUCCUCUAUCUCUUUCUCUCCCUCGGCUCUCCGCAGAGUCCAGGCACCAUCUACACCCUUCGAUCGACGAUUCCCGUUGCAGCAGGACUAGGCAGCAGCGCUAGUGUCUGCGUAUGUCUGAGCGCCGCGUUACUCCUACAGAUCCGUACAUUGGCCGGGCCACACCCCGACCAACCCCCGGACGAGGCAGAGGUGCAGAUUGAACGCAUAAACCGCUGGGCCUAUGUGGGGGAGUUAUGCAUACACGGCAAUCCGAGUGGCCUGGAUAACACGGUCGCCGCAGGCGGGAAGGCUGUGAUCUACAGGAGAGAUGAUAAUUCGAAACCACCAAUCAUCACUCCGAUUGCGAACUUCCCUAAACUGCCCUUACUCCUCGUGAACACGCGACAGCCGCGAUCGACGGCAGUGGAAGUGGCAAAAGUCGGCAAGCUCAAGAAGGACCACCCUCUGGUGACCGACUCGAUUCUUGAUGCCAUCGACAAGGUGACGACUUCGGCCCAGAAACUCACCCAGGAUGCUGACCCGGAUUCGAUUUCGGAGGAUGCUCUUCGGCGACUAGGGGCGUUGAUCCGCAUCAACCACGGCUUCCUAGUCUCGCUAGGAGUGUCUCACCCUCGUCUGGAGCGGAUCCGCGAACUCGUGGACUUUGCCGAUAUUGGCUGGACGAAGCUGACUGGUGCUGGAGGCGGUGGGUGCGCGAUCACUCUCUUGCGACCGGACGCCGACGACGAAGCUCUGCAACGAUUGGAAAGACAACUGUCUGAAGAGGGAUUCGAGAAGUACGAGACCACUCUGGGCGGUGAUGGCGUGGGGGUCCUGUGGCCCGCAGUGCUUCGCAAUGGCACUGACGAGGAGGGCGGCGAAGAGAUUGAUCAACACAAGUUCGAGAAUGCUGAGGGACCCGAGGGAAUCGAACGUCUUGUCGGCGUGGGUUUGCGUGAGAAACGGGAAGGAUGGAAGUUCUGGAGACGAGCCACUCACCACGACUGACAUUAUUAUCCUUAUCCUUCUUGCUCUACGGGGCAGUCUUGUUGUCUCUUUCAGCAUCGGGACGGAGUAUUCUAACGUUUGCAAUACGUGGCAUUUGGAGAUGUCUUCCUCUUAGCAAUUCGCACACGACGCACUUAAUGCAAUCGGGAAGAAAACCCCCAAAGGGAUCGAGUUUCUUUUUUUCGCUGACCAUAGGAAUUUAAUCUAAUCUUUCUGCUUUGUGUUUUCUAUCGGUCCCUCUUGUUGAUUCUUAUGCCACCUAUUUUGAUUUGAUGUCUUUCGCAGCGUCUGUGUGCAUGUAUAUAAUACUGUUAAGUCAAUUAUUAGAUUUGACGACCCUGUCUUUCUUCCAGUCAACUUAAUAAUAAGGCAGUAACCAAGGUGAACAUGCUGUAUAUCCACUAAGAGGAUCAUUAAAU